GGCGCCGCGGCCGAGGCACCCGCCUCGCCACCCCCCGCCCCGGGCGCCGGCUUCCUGGCGGCUCGCACGGUUAGCAAAGACAGCUGAAGCCAACUUGUGCAGGAUUCCCCUGGCUCUUCUGGCUUAAGACCCUACCACCUCCUCUCCCCGGCAUCCUGUGUUCUGGGCCUCACCUAGACAAGUCUGAGUAGGAACAAGCCAUCUCUUCCAUUCAUAGCCAUGAAUUUCCUCCGGCGGCGCCUCUCUGACAGCAGUUUUGUGGCCAACCUGCCUAAUGGCUACAUGACAGACCUGCAGCGCCCAGACAGCUCCACCAGCUCCCCUGCCUCCCCAGCCAUGGAAAGGAGGCACCCCCAGCCCCUGGCAGCCUCCUUCUCCUCUCCAGGAUCCAGUCUCUUUAGUUCCUUCUCCAGUGCCAUGAAGCAGACCUCACAAGCCCCCUCAGGGCUGAUGGAGCCUCCAGGUCCCUCUGCUCCCAUUGUUCAAAGGCCCAGGAUCUUGUUGGUGAUCGAUGAUGCCCACACAGAUUGGACCAAGUAUUUUCAUGGAAAGAAGGUGAAUGGAGAGAUUGAGAUCCGAGUGGAGCAGGCUGAAUUCUCAGAGUUGAACCUAGCUGCCUAUGUUACUGGGGGCUGUAUGGUGGACAUGCAAGUCAUGAGAAAUGGGACCAAGGUUGUGAGAUCCUUCAAGCCAGACUUCAUCCUAGUCCGUCAGCAUGCCUACAGCAUGGCUCUGGGUGAAGACUACCGAAGCCUGGUCAUUGGCCUUCAGUACGGAGGGUUGCCUGCCGUCAACUCCCUCUACUCUGUCUACAACUUCUGCAGCAAGCCCUGGGUGUUCUCUCAACUCAUCAAGAUCUUCCAUUCCCUGGGUCCUGAGAAGUUCCCACUUGUGGAGCAAACAUUCUUCCCCAACCAUAAGCCAAUGCUCACAGUGCCACACUUCCCUGUGGUGGUCAAGCUGGGACACGCCCAUGCCGGAAUGGGAAAGAUCAAAGUAGAAAACCAGCAUGACUACCAGGACAUCACCAGCAUGGUGGCUAUGGCCAAAACCUAUGCUACCACUGAGGCCUUCAUUGACUCCAAGUACGACAUCCGCAUCCAGAAAAUCGGAUCCAACUACAAGGCUUACAUGCGAACAUCCAUCUCUGGAAACUGGAAGGCCAACACAGGCUCUGCCAUGCUGGAGCAGGUGGCCAUGACUGAGAGGUACAGGCUGUGGGUGGACAGCUGCUCAGAAAUGUUUGGCGGCCUGGACAUCUGCGCUGUCAAGGCGGUCCACAGCAAGGACGGCAGAGAUUACAUCAUUGAGGUGAUGGACAGCUCAAUGCCCUUGAUUGGCGAGCACGUGGAAGAGGACAGACAACUGAUGGCCGACCUGGUUGUCUCCAAAAUGAGCCAACUCCUCCUACCCGGGGGCACUGUGCCCUCACCACUGAGGCCUUGGGCUCCACAGACUAAACCAGCAAAGUCCCCAGGGCCAGCCCAGCUGGGGCCUCCGCUUGGACAGCCCCAGCCACGCCCGCCCACACAAGGGGGCCCUCGCCAAACUCCAUCCCCACAGCCUGCGAGAUCUGGAAGCCCCUCCCAGCAGAGGCUCUCCCCGCAAGGCCAGCAGCCCCUGAGCCCCCCAUCCGGGUCUCCGCAGCAGCGAUCACCCGGCUCUCCACAGCUGUCCCGGGCAUCCAGUGGCAGUUCUGCAAACCAGGCCUCCAAACCAGGCGCUCUCCUCACCUCCCAGCCCCGGCCCCCCGUUCAAGGCCGCAGUGCCUCCCAACAGGGGGAAGAGUCCAAGAAGCCAGCACCUCCACAACCUCAUCUCAACAAAUCCCAGUCCCUGACUAACAGCCUCAGCACAUCCGACGCCUCCCAGCGUGGGACUGCAAGUGAAGAUGAGGCCAAGGCCGAGACCAUCCGCAACCUGAGGAAGUCCUUUGCCAGCCUGUUCUCUGACUAACCUGCCCGGGCUGGGGUGGCAGAGAGUUCGGGCGCGCUCUCCUUCUGCCUCAUGGUCCUUCUCAGCCUUGGUUCCCAAGGGGAACAGAAUGGAGGGCCUGCAAAAAUACUCUCUAAUGCCUCUGACCCAGGGACUGAGGAUCUCUGCGUGUUCCCACCUCCCUUUACCAUGACGUUGCAGCAUCAUCCAACCAUGGUGGGCCUUUGAGGGCCCCUGGGUUCCUCACAUCCGGCCCUAAUGGCAACACAUCGCCCUCCCACCCAGAUGCUUGCUCCCCUGCCUCAGAUAACCAAGUGAAAUGUGCGUGUGUGGCUACUUUUCACAUUUCUUGUUAGUGUUUUGCUUGCCUUUGGGGGACAGCCCGUCCAGACCUGGCCUCACCCCUCCAGAUGCAGGCGCUGUAGUGGGACCUCAGCAACUUGGGAGGCAAUAAUCUUUUGACAGUGUUUUGCAAACAGAAGGACAAAAGCCCAGCCAGGGGAACCUACCACCUACCUGUGCUAGUUCCAUCCAGGCUCCAGCUCGCCCCUCAGACCACAGGCCAACACCCAUCACCUGUGGCCACCAGUGGGCUUUUGAGAACCGUGGGAAGAGAUCAGAUCCCAUGUGACCAGCGGGGGCUUUCAGAACACGGCAAAAACGAGGGGAAGUCUUGAAGGGCCGCCCACGCCCAGACUUGACCGCCAAGAGCCAACCUCGGGCUCUUUUAUGAAGCAUCACUUGUUCCCAGCACAGGACGAUGCCCUCAACUUCCCGAGGAAGGAGUCCGUCAGGGCUCCUCCGCCCGUCCCGUGUUACACACCCCAAGAACUCUCCGCAUUCCCGUCAGGAAGGCUGUCUCCUCCUCAGGGACAAAGGAGGAACCAGAGUCAGCAGAUUAGUGGCACAGGCUGAGAACUCCUAGGCCGCCAUUUCCGACCGUUGACAGCAAGGCACGGGUAGGUCACUCAGAAGAGGGUCCCCUAGUCCCACAUGUUUAGGAAACACUGUUUCUAUUUCCUGUUUUGAGACUGGUAGGUACACAUUACAUGUCUCUCGGGCUUCCUGCAGUAAAGGAAUGAGCUUUCACCUGGCUUAACCCAAACUUAUUUGGCUAAACAAGUUCAGUGACUCCCUUUCCAAGGCCCUUUCCCUACAUCAGGUCACCCCCCAUGAUCAGAUGAGGGGCAGGGUUGCCCCGAAUCACCAUGCACCCGGUGCUAGAAACAUGGUAGGUGCCAGAACCAGCCUCCUGGUCUCGCCAAGAGUCCAGGACGUUAGAACAUAGCCGCUCGCUCUCCCCGUACAGCCGACUUUCCUACUUAAGACGUGUCCUCCCCUCCCUGUUGACAGAGAGAGGAUGCUCACGAGAAACAUGUCCUUGGCCUGGAGCUACAUUUUAAUAGAGGAGAGAGAAGAAGCUGGUAGGACAGGGCAGCACCAGGCAGCCUGCAUGUCCUGGGGAAUCAAGAACACAGAGACCACCCGAGGCAAUCAUCCCUCUUCCACGCUGGAAGGUAGGGUCAGAAAAAGUCAGUCUCGCUUGAUUCGCACUUAGUGAUAAGAUGCAGCUCAAGACACAGCACAGGGUGGUCAUGGGCUGCACAGUUUCUCAAAGUGUGGGCACAGCUAGCUUCAUUUCAGACCCAGGGAGUCAGGAUUUCUCAUCAUAAGGCCCAAACCUUAUGAUUGUCUGUCUCCCCAAUUAUUUGGCAUUUAUGCUGAGGUUAGAGCAGCAGCCCUGAGCCAAGCUGGGUGGAGAGGCCAGGGACCCAGUCCUCUGGUGAGCAAACCCUGCAGCCCCAUAAACAGUGACUGCAUGGCUUGAAUUUUCCCCUUCCUGUAAUCUGUCCCUUGUCCCUAAAAACAUCUCAAUGUUCAUGCGCUCUCUCCCAGAUACUCCAGCUACAAUAGCACACACUUCUAUCAGGCCGGGCAUCCGGAUUUUAUGACCAUGUACCCGUGAUCCAUGAUGUGACACUGUAACUGGCCCAUGGGAGCACAUUUUCCCACUGGUUUGUGUACUGGGGUAGAGACCAACGAUGGAUGGCCUCGGGAGGGCACAGAUCCCCUCUGGCAUCGGCUAGCUCCCAUUCCUUCCACACAUUCCACUUUCAAUCGCUGUGACAGUUUUGAGUGGGAAAGAGCAAAAUGAAGUGAGGACGCGAGUCACUCUGGGGAGAUUCUGAAAGGAUGUUUGUUGUGUUUCGCUUUAUGUCACAACUUCAACCCAAAGCCAGACUAGCACUUUCCCUCCAGGCUGACCUGCGGAGGCUGAAACAGCAGCAGGAUCCAUUUGGUUUGUGUGAACGUGGAGCACAGUGAAUGGGGGUUUAAGGACAUAGUCGCAGGGACACUGCCACCAGCACAGGGGAGACUCUUGGUCUGGUCUCCCUCCUGUCACCAUGGUAGGAUGGCACCGUGUUAUCUAGGUUGUGAAGUCAGCUUUCCAGGGACACUCAGUCGGCAUGUCCUCCCUCUUCCAUCACCUCUGUGUUCUCUUCAUCAUUACUGUUCUCCCUCUGAACGUUCAGUGCCUGCUGAGGAGGCAGGGAGGACGGGCCUCACCCACAAGGUCGCACAUACCGUGGCAAGCUCCAGGAGCCCCUCCGAAGGUUCUCCGGCGUUUGCAGCUGAAGGAGCCUCAUGAGCCAGGCACCGGGCACACUGCUCGGCACCCCGGCAUUUAGGACAUGCUUUUAGGAAACUAGGAAACUAGUCAAAUGUACAUGAAGUGUUCAGAUUGGAGAAAAGGGCGGUCUUUAAAGGAAUCUCAGUGUGAGGAAGAGUCGCACCGACGUAUUAGGAAGCUGAAGAAAAUCUGUGGCGGUUUUUUAGCCUCAGAGAGAGGGCUCAGAUUCCCCAGGGAGCCUGGGAAGGAAUGGGAGCGAGCCAGAUCAGGGAUCACACAGCCCGGGGGCCACCAGGGCGGGAGCCAAAGGGACCAGGUGCCAACUUCAGCGUCGGUCAGAGGAGGCUCGCAGAGCAGAGAGCAGGGCCGUGGAGCCCCACGCAGACCACGCACCACAGCGCAGAGCCACAUGGUCACCGUGGCCCCCCGAGCCUGCUGUCCCAGCGCCGGGAGUGGAUGGCUCAGGCUCUAUUCCACUUCACCCAAUGGGUCAGGGCUCGUUCUGCUUCAUGCGCUUAGCGCUGCUGAAAGGACAGGGCCGAGUCCCAGGUUAGGCCGGUCAGAUGAGCUGGCAGGUGCGGCAGGGACCGAGCCAGGUGGAGGAGCAGCUCAGGACCCAUGUGCACUUUGCUUGUCCCACACGUUUCUGGAUGUGCCUGGAGAGCGUGCCGGGCGGGGACUCACUGCACUGACCGGCGUCAAAAGCUGUCCCGACUCCCACACGGCCCCUGAUAAAAUUCAGAGAUUCGGUCUAAUAUUUGGACUCUAAGAGAAGGCAGCAUUUGGGGUUUGGUUGGAGACGAUUAGAAGUCUGGGCAACAAGCAAGUCGCAUCAGUCCGUCAACCAGGCACAACGCAGCACGGGCACAGAGGCUCCCUCGUGUUUGCAGAGACAAAUAGGCGGCCCCAGUAGGUGAGACCGCGGCUCUCCGGGCCGCCCGGCCCAGAGGAGAGAACGGCCAGGAAGUGAUUUCUGAAGUCGGGGGCACUGCUUUUAAGGCGACACCAAUCAGAAAGGAAACGUUCCUUCCACAAGGCACGCGUGUGAAUCCUUCCAUUCCCCUUUGCCCUCCAUCGUGUGUUCCGGUGGGUCCUCUCACUUGCGAGUCCCAUUUCCAGAGCCUCCCGGGGGAAGAACCCGCUCUGUGCGGCUCUUCCGCGGAGUCAGGGGCAGAAGCGGGCGAGGCCCGGGCAGCCACUGCCCCCGAAAGGAGACACGCCAGUCUUGGCGCCGCCCGAGCCGAGGGAGCCGAGGGAGCGAAGUCCAGCUCCGUCCGAAGAAUUAGGGAGACGUGAGGCUCAACAGCGGUCUCAGAACUGGAGGGCCACGCGAGGGCGAGCACAGAAGUCCACCGUGCUUACGGAGGAAGUCACAGAACCUUACGUGGGAAGGAAAGGGCCCCUCCCGUGAUUUGAGCGCAGCCACGGCCAAGCGCAUCUCCACUCAGAGGGAAGGGGGGAGAAAGGGCAAGCUCCCGUCCGUGAGAUCUGCGGGGGAAACACGGGGCGGUAAAGUCGGGAAGGCUCCGAGCCGGUGAACAACCACGUCUUCCCGGCCCACCUCCCGAGCGCUCUAAACCGUCUCGCCUCCAUUCCAGUAUUACCAAAGUGAUGUCAGAAGUCACACAGCCACCGUGCUGCUGCCAAGCCGUGAGCUCACUCUCAUUACACACCAGCAAUACAUAAAGCUCCAGUUUCAGCCUGAUGAAAAGAAUGUAGGAUUUGACAAGCUUCUAACUACAAAUUUAGCUGCUCAAGAGGAAAAGCUUGGAGGCUGGUUUAAGAAUUUAGAAUUAGAAUAAGCCACUGUUCGAGGCCUGCAACCUCAGGCGGACGGCCCAGCGCCAGCAUCCUCAGCUAGAUCGGUCCUAUUGCCGGGAGGCCCGAGGGGAGUGUCAGAGAGGAGCAGCACCUGCAUCCGUGGGACACAAGCACCAUCCACAGACCUCUCAAGGACCAUUCAAAAUGACUGCAUUUUACAAACUCAUCUUCUAGUAUUCGGUGCUUCUGGUCAUCACUCCAUCCUUGCACUCCACACCACCCCCCACCCCCCAGUGCAGCCUGACACCCCAGACAGCCAGAGACAGCAGGGUAGACCCACCAAAGCUUCUGAUAGUUCUUCAGCCCAGACCCAGUUAAAGCCACACAGCAUCUAGUGGACGCUUUUUUAAAAAGCUCAGAUAAAUAGCUCAGAUACUAUAAAAUACCACAGAAAGAAAUGUCAAAGCCCCAAUCCUUCGCCUAUAUACAUUAAGCUACUUAAAAGUGGCAUGGCCUCUAGAAAACCCUAUUAUUGACUGAAUUUUCUUCACUGUGAUGGGAAUAAAGACUAUAUCUGUAGCAAAAAAAUAUUUUCACAUGUAGGACUCAAAAUAUUCUUGCAGCAUAGAACAUUCCAAGCCAUUUCCUUAUAUGCAAAACAGGUUUUUUUAAAAAGCAGGAAAACAUUGACAAUAUUCCUAAAUAUUGUCUGCAAAUACUAAUAGUGUUCUAUUCCUGUGUUGUGAUUUGGAUUUUAAUUUGUGACAAUAGCAUGUUUCUAUAGUUGUAUGAGAAGACAUGUGUGUUUGGCCUUUCUCUUCUAAGAUGAAUAAAACCUGAAUUUUGUGUAUUUUAAAUCUUAAAAGUAAAAUGUUCUUCAAAUAAUAGGAGGCUAUCUUUGAAAAACAAGUACCUGACCAGCACUUAAAGCAGUAAAACUGAUGUUAAAAGAUGUCACCUACUUAGAUUACAAGUUAGGCACCAAGUGUUCCAAACACAAGGAAAAAAAAUUCCACUCCAGGAGGAGCCAGAUAGAGUCCCUAGAACCCAAUGUUUGUCAAAAAAAAAAAAAAAAAAAAAAAAAUGCUGCUACAGAGCCCAGAGGUUUCACUACUGAACCCGAGAAAGACCUGCAGAGAGAGGAGGUGACGGAGCAGGUGGGUGUCCACAGCACCCACCCCAAGUCCAGUUCAACCGAACUAGCUUGGUUUUUAUUCAUUUUGUAAGUCAGGCUUCUGCAAAUGAUUUUGUUUAAAGAAAGGGUGCGACUAAAACAUAAUUUUUAAAAAAUCCCCUGUAACAAUCUGAUGACAUUGAAUAGGUUUUCUGAUCAUUCUGAAAUCUCCAAGUAAUGUUGUGAAGCUGUUCUGAGUAUUUAUUCUCU